AUGGCGGAAAAUGAUGAGGUUCUCAGCCACUCAGAGUUCUGGGAUGAGCGGUACUCUCAGACGGACGGCGAAAAGCCAACACACGAAUGGUUCCGGUCCUUCAAUGAGCUGGAAGAGUUUUUUCAGCAAAAGCUCUUCCAGGCACCUGGGCGCCGCGUAGAAGAUAACCCGUUAAUUCUUCACCUAGGGUCGGGUGAUAGUGUGAUUCCAAUCGAAUUCAGCGCUCGCGGCUAUAAACAUCAGCUAUGCGUUGACUUCUCUACUCAAGCCAUUGAGAUCAUGACAGAGCGUUAUAAAUAUAACACAGGCAUCAAGUGGGAGAAACUAGAUGUGAGGGACAUGGCUACGAUUGCUGACAAGUCUAUCGGUGUUGCAUUUGACAAAGGCACCUUUGACGCCAUGAUUCAUGGCAGCCCAUGGAGCCCUCCAGCGGAAGUAAAAAGCAACACUAGUCGAUAUCUGCGGGAGGUCCAUCGGGUUUUAGCAGACAACGGCGUUUUCCUUUACGUUACCUUUAGGCAGCCACAUUUUAUCAAACCUCUUCUCAACCCAGACGGCCUGUGGGACCUGGAGCUGCAUGUUCUGAGUGGCAAAGGCGGCUCGUUUGACUACUACGGCUGGGUGAUUUCAAAGUCUAAAUAG